AUGUCGAAGCGCAGGCUGCCGGAAGGCGAGGCAACCGAGAGGGUUGCUCGCCAAGCAUCCAGACGGGAUGCUCCGCCGGCCGCCGUUCGCGACCUCACUGGGGAGCAGGUGGACCCCAGAAGAAGGAGGAAAGUGGAAAAGGCCACCGUGGACUCUCUCUACGACAACGUGGAGAUCCCGCUAGCCGAGGCAGCGGCGGGUGGUGCGCGAACGGCUGCCGCGGGAGCGGCUGCCGCGGGAGCGGCUGCUGCGGGAGCGGCUGCUGCGGGAGCAAAUGCGGAAGCAGAGCCGCUGAGAUAUCCCGUCUUGAACGUCUUCAAAGCCUGGGAAGCUUUGGCGCGGGAGUCGCCAGAUUUCCAGCGUCUGCUGCAGGCGAAGGCGUCGGGCGGAAGCCUCCGCCUCCGGUUUUCUGUUUAUGGUGACGAGGUGACGCCCGGCAACCCGUUGGCGCCGAACAACCAGCAAAGAGCGUACUGCUUUUACUGCAGCGCACUGGACUUCGAGGAGUUCCUCCUGUCCGAACAGUGUUGGCUCGUGCUCACCGUUGUGCCAACUUUCACCAUGAAGACCGUCAAGGCAGGACUGUCUGGCUUUGUGCGAUGUUUGUACGGCCACCUGCGAUAUCUGCAGCUGGGUGCCAAUAUCCAGCUUGGCGGAAGUCAGCUCUUCGUGCAUGGUUCUGUGUCGCACUGCUUGUAUGAUGCUGCGGCUUUGCAUGGACUGCUGGGAAGCACGGGACACUCAGGAAACAAGCCUUGCUUCCGCUGCGGCAACAUUUACAGUCGCUUCGUGGAUUUGCCGCGACACGCUCAACGCCAAGGCCUGCGAACUUUGGAUGCCACGGAAGAUCAGCUUCGCUGUAUGACCAAUGAGCACAUCUUCGAGGUGGUGGACCAUGUCGUGGCGGCCUUCCGAGACCAGCC